AGACCUUCUGUCAUUGUUUUUAUACAGGUCUUCGUGCGUCGCACAUGCAGCAUGCCUACGACUUCUACAAACCUGACAUGGUGUCAGAGUACCCGGUGGUGGACGGCAAACUCUCCAUCCAGUGUUACCUGGGAGCGCUGGACAGGUGUUACAGACUCUACAAGCACAAGGUGCAGACUCUGGAAGAAGGUCGCACGUCCCCCCUGACCCUUGAAGACAUUGACUACUGCCUGUUCCACACUCCUUACUGCAAGCUGGUGCAGAAGUCAUUUGCAAGGCUCUACUUCAACGACUUCUUAGACGCUGCCAAGGACGACCCCAAGUACACGGGCCUGGAGGCCUUCAGGGACUUGAAGUUGGAGGACACAUUCUUCAACAAGGAUCUUGAGAAAGCCUUUGUGAAUGCCAGUAAGGAGUUGUUCAACAGUAAAACCAAACUGGCCCUGUUGUUAGCAACACAAGUGGGAAACAUGUACACACCAUCCCUGUACUCUGGGCUGGCUUCUCUACUGUAUAGCAAAUCCGCUGCUGACCUUGCUGGUAGGAGGGUCGUGUUCUUCUCCUACGGCUCCGGCCUGGCGUCCGCCAUGUUCUCCGUCCGAGUAUCCCAGGAUGCCGCGCCAGGCUCGCAGCUCGAGAGGAUCGUCGGGAGCUUCUCCGACCUCCAGGCCAGAAUAGACUCGAGGAAGUGUUUCUCACCUGCAGAGUUUGCUGACAUGAUGAAACUCAGGGAAGACACCCAUCAUCUAGCGAGAUACACACCUGUAGGGCCUGUACAGGACCUGUUCCCAGGUACCUGGUACCUGACACACGUGGAUGAGAUGCAUCGCAGACAGUACAGCCGCACACCUGUGGCACUCCGCGCAGGUGUCCGGGACAGCGUAGACACACCCGCCUCCGAAACACCACAUAUAGAGGGUUCCUCCCUACCUCAGAAGAAAUCCCAGGCCUCGUCAGACCCCACACCCAGCACAUCUUCAUCCUUCGACGGGGAGGUUUGAGGGCACGCAGAGACGUGUAGACGUCUUAGAUAAUUGUUCUUGAUUACUCUGUCAAAGUUUUGUUACAUUUGGGAAAAGUUUUUAUAGGUUUAGAAAAUGUAAUGAAGCUGUUGUAUGGAAGGCCAUGUUGAAUUGAUAACAUGUUGAUGACAUCAAGAAGCACACCAAUUUUGGACAUUUCCCAGAAAAAAGUUUAUCGGCCAUACUGUAAAUCAUGCAAAGCAUGUGGGAAAAUGGACAGAUAUAUGUAAAAAUGGAUUAUAUACUAAUAGUAGAAUACCAGAGUCAGUUCUAAAUGUGAAAGAAAUGAAUUUGAAAGAAAUACAUGUAAAAUUAAUGUGAAUUAAAGAAAUAAAUGUGAAAGAAUGGCAUUUUCAAUGUAAUUAUCUUGACCACUAAAGAUUUCAUAAUUUUUUUAAAAAGACAACUUUAGAAGGGGGGUUCCUAGGGAAAGUCAUCCAUAUAAUCAAAUCAACAUGGCCUAAUAUUAAUACUUAUAGAUAUGCGCACAGAUUCUCUAAAAACUGUCAGGACUUCAGCAACAGCCAUAGAAGCAAGUCAAUGGAGAGCCAUUAAGUACCCUUCAGCCUGCUAGGGUAACCAUUCGGCACCGGAUUUGUGUUGAUCAGGAAUUAAGGCAGCACAAAGAGGGUUAAAGAAUUAUCAUGUAGGAAUCAGAUUGUGAAGGAAAGCAACAUAAUAUCAGUAAGGCUGGUGCAAAAUUAAACUUGAAGUAGAUUAUGAAUUGUUUGUGAAUGAUCCAUGAUUUAUAAAAUCAAUCCCACCGACUACAGUUAUUAUAUACUGUAACUAGAACAGGACACUGGUGCAGUAUUAUUCAAGGACUAAAGAAAAUUGGUUUAUAUUCCAUUGGAUAAUAUCCUCAGGACUCCUUGAACCGUAUGAAACUUAUUUUGCUUGACAAUGAAAGUUCUGAAGUGACACUUCUUUGGUGUGUGUUUUAAAAUGGUGUUUCUUUUGUGGUAAGCUCAAUGUUGCAUUUCAUUGGCUUCUCAUAUGUUUUACUUAAAAACUUAAAUUUCAUUCCCAAAGAAAUAACUAAUCAAGCAUUUUAAUUGGAGCUCUUACAAUUGAAUAAAAGAUAGCAAGUUGUACAGCAAGUCAAACUGUACAAAAAUGUA